GUUCUAAGUCCUCGAACUGGUCACACGCGGCCACGAUGACCGAAGAGACAAAAUUAAAAAAUUGCGACAAAAAAAUCAAAUUGGCUCAAAUAAAAAUUCUUAAAAUUGUUAAUAAAAUUGACACUUUUCAAUUGAGUAACGCGUAUAUCUGUAGUCUAGACGCCGGAAUUAACAGACCAAUUAUCGCGGGAAAUUCAAAACGUCUUUGUUUUCUAUUGAGCGUUUUGUUUCUAGUGAUCGUUUUGAAAUUUAUUUAUCAAGAAUGGCCAUCAACCAAGAAUUGUCUACUGGAACUGCCGUCGUCUUCAAAAACUUUAUUCCGAACUCCCGAAGACUGUUCCAUGUGUAUCGGAGUCGAUGGUGUGACUAGAUUGACCAAUGUAACACCACUACAAUUUGAAGACAAAUACGCAUACAGCGCCACGCCGGUUAUUGUCACUGAUGCCACCGAAAAAUGGCCAGCGAUGAAGGUGUUCAACUUUAAUUUCUUCUCGCGAUUCUACAGCAAUAAUAACUUAGGUAGACAGACCAACGAUUGUUUUUAUUUCGCCUACAAAUCCGGUCUGAAUUCCCUGCAAGAAGUCUUCAAUAUGGAUGAGAGACGCGCCAAUUUAUCCGGAGAACCGUGGUACGUAGGCUGGAGUACCUGCUUCGAUGAGGAGACCAAGAAACUAAGAUCGUAUUACAAUCGGCCGUAUUUUCUCCCGCGGACGGCUGAGAGCGACACGGUGGACUGGAUUUUUAUGGGCGGACCCGGACAAGGGGCGCAUAUGCAUGUGGACUCUGUAAGACACAUGUCCUGGCAAGCGCAGAUCCGCGGUCGCAAGCAAUGGGAGCUGGCGCCCCCUCCUGAGUGCCUCUACCAUUGCACCUGGAUUCAAUUCACAGUUUCUCCUGGUGAAAUAUUGGUCGUGAACACGAACCGUUGGUAUCACAGGACUACCGUUCUCCCGGGAGACCUCAGCAUCACGAUCGGAGCUGAAUAUGAUUAGACUAGCUUAUCAUAAUUCAUUUAUUUAUUUAUGUAGGUACACACAAAAAAGAAGACAUAGUACAGAGUAAUAGGAAAAUUAUGUACAAAGGCACUGCUUAUUUCUUUAAAAAUCUCUUCCAGCAGACCUGCGAGAGGAUUAUGAGAAUAAUAAUUAAAAGUGAUGAGUGUGUGUAGAACAGCUAAAAUAACAAAUACAACAUGAGAAUUAUAGUAAUGCACAUACACAUAGCAAAUAUUGUUAAACUUGAAUACAGAAUAUUAUAAGUAACAUAGUAUAUACAAAGAGUAGGUAUAGAACAAUGAUCAUUGAGAUGAUCAUUAUGAUGAACAAUGAAGAGAGAUAGAAUUGUUUGACCUUGUAUUUAAAACCAGAAACAGACUCAUAUUUAUAACUAUUUAUCUUCAUAAUAUGUAUACCAAUAGACAACUACUUCAUUGCCCGGAUCGACAUUUCGCCAACAAUUUCUAUUGCAAGAAAGACGGAAAUAGCUUCCUCAAUCUUUCUGCAUGAAGUGCAACAUUGUCUAUAAAGGACCGUGGAUGCCGAGAAAUUUUAAGAAUGUACUAAAAAAUAACUUUAAAAAAUAAACACCGCUACAAGCAUAUAAGCGCAAAAUAUAUGUGUACUUAAUAUUUUAAUUGGCAAAGUUUGUUUGGAUGUCUGAAGAAUACUGUAAAAAUGAAAUAAAAUUCAAAGUGAUUUA